AUGUCUCAGCAGAGCCAACCUUCCGAGGCAGACGGAUCCCCCGAAGUCAAUGAAGAAGAAUUGGCAAAUCUGCUCACCGCUUACAUCUCGACCCCAGCUCCUGCUCCGGUUAUGGGUACGUUUGAUGGCCAGCCCAUUGAGCUCACAGAUGAGAGCAAGGCUUACAUGGCUGAUGCGGCUGCACAGGCUGGGCUGUGGCUUACAGUGAAGGGCUCCCGUAAGCAGCACUACAUGACAUUCGCUCCACCUGAGGAUGGCUCUAACAUGGUUCACAUUGCUAAAACACCUCCAGAGACUCCUCCUCGUGAGCCCAGCCCAACGCCUGUUCCUCCUCCUUCGGAGCCUCUCUCAGCACCUGCUCGGGUUUCUGCCUCCUCGACCACCGGCAACAGUCACACUGGGGCCGGUAUCCGCAAACGUCCACACAAGUGUACUCACUGUAAGUCCACUUUCUCUACAGCUGCUCGUCUUACUGUACACAUUCAGGACUAUCACUCUGACAAACUUGCCAGUUCAGCUGCACUAGUCACUAACCAGGCAGCUCAGAAUUAG